AUGAGUAUCCUGGUGCAGGUGCUGCUCACCCUCCUGGUGCUGUCAGCCUGCCUGGGUGACGUGGUUGCUCCACAGUCACACACACUACGGACCAGGAUACUGAAGGAGACCAUGAAGCUGCUGGAGAAGGUCCAGCAGAAGCAGGAGGUUUCCUGUGACAAGAUGAAUGUGAUAAAUAUUUUUGCAGAUGAUAAGAGAGGUAACAAUACAGAGAUUUUCUGCAAAGCUGCCACAAUUGCUCAGGAGACCAAGAGAUGCCACAGGAACCUCGGGGGCAUUUACUACAACUUGCUGAGCCUGGGCCCAGAGAGCAGAGCAAGGCACAAGAAGCCAUGUCCUGUGGCACCAGGCAGCACCACCUCACUGAAGAAUUUCCUCAAGGAAUUACAUCACGUCCUCCAAGAAGAGUUUAAGAGUCAGAAGUGA